UCUAAAACAAAGAAUCCAUCAUCAUCUUCUUUUUCUUCCUUCCUCUUCUUCUUCUUCUUCUUCUUCUUCUUCAUCAUCAUCAUCUUCCAUUUUUCAAUUCUUCUUUGUCUCUCAGUAGAAAAAUGUCUGAGUUUUGUUUUUCAAGCACAUUCAAGACCCAUUUUUAUAGUCUUCUCAUCUCUGACUUGAUGAUCUCAUUUGGUUCCUUCAUAUUCUCUCAUCCUCUCUACUUCUCAUACUUCAUUUUCUUCUCUCCAUACCUUCUGAAACUCAUUUCUUUUCUAUCUCCACUUUUCAUCACAACUUUUCUUCUUUCUCUCUCUCUCCUCACUCUCAUUCCCAGUUUUUAUAAAAAUUUUGCUGCCGAACCUUCUACAAAUGAUGAUGAACAUGAAGAAUUUCACUGCAUGGAAGAUCUUGAAUUGUAUAAAAUCGUGUUUGGGGAGUCCGAAAUCGACGGGAAAGAAAUCCCAGUUGAAGUCUUGGAGGAAAAAUCAGAAGUGAGUUCUAGCCAUGAAGAUUCCAGCAGCAUCAGCAAAUCUGGGGCUUUCACUGGUAAUUUGGAAGAAAAUUCAGUUCUUAUGGAAAAAUUGGAGGAGAAAAGAUUAGAGGAUUUUCUAAAAGUACUAGAUGAGUUUGAAACCAUGACCAGCAAUGUCGAAGUUAAGAAAGUUGAGCCGACAUGGGGUACGAAAGCCGAUGAACUCGUCGAAAAGGAGAAAGAAAAGUCUUUGACAAGAAAUGGAUCCAAGACAAUGGAUAAUGUUACUGAUGACGAAAAAGAGUACAACUCCAAGAUCAAGGCAUGUGACCUUGAUAUCGACUAUACUGAUAAUGGUGGAGAGUACACUUCGAAAGUCAAAAGUUUCGAGAGUCAAAAUCUCGGGACUUAUGGGUCAAUGAGGAAGGAGAAGGAGUGGAAGAGGACAUUGGCAUGCAAGUUAUUCGAAGAGAGACGCAAUGUAGAUGGAGGUGAAGGAAUGGACUCUUUGUGGGAGACUUAUGAGAUGGAUUCAGACAAAUCAAAGCCAAAAAACAACACGAAGAAGAAGACCAAUGACAAGAUCAAGAACCAGAACCAGAACAAAAACAAGAACAAGAAGAACGAAAUCCAUUUGCAUGAACAAGACGAGAAUGAUAUUGAUGAUGGGCAAUUGUGUUGCUUACAAGCCCUCAAAUUCUCAGCAGGGAAGAUGAAUUUGGGAAUCGGAAGGCCAAAUGUUGUUAGGAAUAUAUCAAAAGCCAUUAAAGGAAUUGGAUGGUUGCACAAUGUGAGUAGGCAAGGGAAGAAGGUGCAUCAUAAUGGAGGAGAUAAAUACUAAUUUUCUAUUUGAUCAAGUACGCAAAUUAAACUCUGUAUUUUUUGUUCUAAAAAGAAGUCACUUCAACUAGAAUUUCUGUAUUAAUUGUUUUAAAGAAGUUGCUUUAACAAGUAUAUAUGUUCGUUUGUUGUU